AUGUCAGAUCUUAAAGGAGCACUUGAUGAAAUCAAGCAUUCUCUCACACAAGGCAGUCAUUUAUUGGACAAUUUUUCAGGACACUGUUUUUCACCUCAUUUAGUGGAUGAUGUAGUCAAGAACUGUUCCAGAAUAUUUACCAUAGGUGACAUACUUGAUACUUGCCCUGUAUUCUCAUUUGAAAAUGCUAUCAAAAUACUGGUUAUUCAAGAAAUUUUUUUGGACAUCCCAAACUUUGAUUACACAAUGGAACUGCUAAUAGGAAGCAAGGUAAGCAAGGAAACAUAUUUGUGGGAAUUGGAUGAAGCACUGAAGGAUGUAAAUGUACAUAAUGAAUUGUCCUCAGACAGUGAUGAUGAUCUUCCACAUGUUUGA